GAUACUCCCAAGUCCUAACCCUCGUUCUCAACCCGUCCUCAGCCGAUUGCGGAAAACUCCGAGAAAAUCCGGUUAAAACCAUAAUCACUCUCUUGUUCAAACAAAUCUACCUCCAAAUAUUUUCUUUCCCUUUUGUUUUGUUUUCGAUUUUCUUAUUUUCUAAAGAAAGGAAUUCCCGGUUUUCUUUUUAUAUAAAAGUUUAAGCAUGCCGCCGAAGCAGCAACCGAAGACCGACUUGGCGAAGAAGCAGAAGGUCGUGGAGGACAAGACCUUCGGGCUUAAGAAUAAGAACAAGAGCAAGAAUGUCCAGAAGUAUGUCCAAAACCUCCAGCAAUCGGUCCAGCCCAAACCCGACCAGACCAAAGCUGCCGCGAAGAAAAAGAAGGAGGAAGAGAAAGCAAAAGAGAAAGAGCUGAAUGAUCUGUUCAAGAUUGCGGUCAGCCAGCCAAAAGUUCCAGUCGGUGUUGAUCCAAAGUCUAUAUUAUGCGAAUUUUUCAAGGUGGGACAGUGUACCAAGGGUUUCAAAUGCAAGUUCUCACACGAUCUCAAUGUCCAGAGGAAGGGUGAAAAGAUUGAUAUUUACAGUGAUAAACGUGAUCAAGAAACAAUGGAGGAUUGGGAUCAAGAGAUGCUGGAGAAGGUGGUGGAGUCAAAGAAGACCGAGUAUAACCAGAAUAAACCAACUGAUAUUGUUUGUAAGUACUUUUUGGAAGCAGUGGAAAAGAAACAGUACGGUUGGUUUUGGGCUUGCCCAAAUGGUGGCAAAGACUGUCACUACAGACAUGCUCUACCUCCUGGAUAUGUUUUAAAAUCUCAAAUGAAGGCACUUCUAGAGGAAGAGACUGAAAAAAUUACAAUUGAAGAAGAGAUUGAACAUCAGCGUGCUAAAGUAGCAACCACUACUCCAAUGACUACUGAGCUGUUCUUUCAAUGGAAGAAGAAAAAGAUAGAAGAAAGAGAUGCUGGCUUGGCUGAACAGCAAGCAGAUAGGGCUAAGAAUGACCGCAUGAGUGGUCGGGAGUUGUUCCUUUCGGAUGCUAGCUUGUUUGUGGAUGAUGCUGAGGCAUAUGAAAAGUACCAGAGAGAAGAACUAGAGGCUGUUGAACAGAAGGUUAAAGAUUACUCAGCAGCAGGGGAACCAAGCAUCUCAACCAAUACUGUUGCUGAUCCUGAAGAGGACGGUACUCUUGAUGAUGAUGAUGAUGAUGAGCUGGACAUGGAUGAGUUGAAUGAACUUGAAGCAAGUUUGUCAAGAACAUCUAUUCAAAUUGGUUAGUCAGGUAUUGACACGUAAUCUAGAGAGAGAAAGUGUGUGUGCGCCUGCGCAUGUUGGCGACCUGCCAUAGCUUUUAAUGAGAGAUUUUGUACUUGGUGUGUCUGGUUUAACCGUGACCUGGGGAAAUAAGCUAUUUUUAUAAGCAGCAGGGAUAAUGCAUGUUAUGCAA